CGCGUUACCAGGGCGUGAGCACCCCAAUCAACCCCCAAACAGAGCAAGCGCAAGCGAGCGUACUCAGCUGCCAACGAUCGGUGAUGCACAGCUCCCAGACAACAGCGCACUAUGUAUGGACCUUGGGUGCUCUCAAAUCCGAUUUGACGCACCUCCGGUCUGGAAAGAAGAACUUCAGGCGAGGAAUGACCGAAAAGGAUGCAAGCCACUGACGGAGGCCGGUCUGAUGCCACAGAAUCUGACUAUGCGAUGAAUCUACUCACGUCUUGUCCCCAUUUCGCAGACAGUCCAAAGAUAGCCAAAGGUGCGACACUGGGCCUCGAGCACAGGCUUUCGGAGUGUCAACGACGCUUUAGGAAG